GUAUUUGGAUGCGAAGUCAGCCCAGCAGACUGACAGCUCGGUGGCUCGAAAUGUCACUGCUUCUUUGGAGAUAAAACCCGCUUGAAUACGAUGGACCUCCGGACAGCUGGCUGAGCAGAACGGACAGGGACUCCCGGGAGCUUUUAUUUUCAUUGUGGGCAAAUUGGGUUACUGACCUGGCUGGAACCUGUUCGGAUGAAACCACACGCCCAAGUAAGCGACGAUGUCGGUGGAUGUUGCUGCCUUCAGUGUCCAGGUUGGGCUACAGUAAACGCCAAUUGUUUACGUACUUAAAUAAAAAGCUGCUCUAGCCGGAAGACGCAAGCAAAGCCUGGAAAACCUGCAAUAGCUUGUUAUACGUCCGGAAUAAAAAAUAUUGCAUGAUUUUUUAUUAUUAUUAUUGUUGUUAUUAUUAUUAAUACGGACUGCGAAUCUAUCGAUAAAGAAACAUGGAGACGAAGCAGAUUUUUUCAUCGCCUUAUUUCGGCUCUCGCCCUCGGAUCAGAGCUUCAGUACAGCUGCACUGCCUCCAUGCAAACCUUCGCUGACAAUAUUUUCCACCUUGUUGCCGCCGUGUGAUGGUGUCUGUUUCUCUUAAGGAAGUCGUGGACAUUCAAAAAAGAGACCUCAUUACAAGAGUAAACUAUUAUCAUUGUACCACGCGUGCUGUUGAGGCUGCAGAAUGAUCCAUGUUGGCAUCCCGUUAAUGUCUCCAGAGAAGAAGAGUUUCUUUUGUAACCAAGAGCUUGUCACCAUCACAAAUGUAGCCCAGCGGAGGCGACUGAAACAGGCCUCUGCACAGAGACGUGGACUCUGCUGCUGGAUGCUGAACAUCGUGCCACUUUCCUGUUCUGUGUUGAAUACCUGCCGCCCAGGCGUCAGCGUCUUUCUCUGAUUCCCCCCCAGCUGUCUUAGUACAAUGGACAAGGCUUUUUUUUUAUUGAAGGCUGUUCAGGGAUGUUGAACCGGCUUACGAGUGGCCAUGCAUAUAGGAUUUAGCCUGGACCGACUUGUGUGGAUGUAGGGCGAAAAUCCAGCGGGUAUUUCCAAACACACACACUACCACAGAGGAGGAAACAGCCCGUGUUCAUGGAGAUGGCAGGCGGGGGAGGUGCAUCUGCUCUGGGCUGGAUGAGAUAUAAUGAGGACCCCUGCUCAGAGGAUUUCAAACACAGACUGUGUUUUUUAUUGGCAGCUUAAACAGUCCAUAUUCUACUCUAAAACUAAUCCGGUGAGGUUUUACUAUCACAUAUGAGGGUCACUGUAGCUCUCAGAACGAGGACACUACUUCUGAAUGGGCUGGCAUGUGUUUAUUAGGGCAAAUAUCGAAAGCUAUGAAUCAUGAGACACUUUUAAGUUUUGUUAAAUUUGAAGGAACUGCACUUGCUUUAACAGCAAUGUAGGAAAAUGUUAGAGUGAACCAUUUCAAACUGAAGGCAUCUGUUCAUCUCAGACGAACACGUUUACAUCUGUGGCAGCUUUCUAAAAGGUACACUUUAGGAAACAAUCUAUUUUGGGGAGGGGGCUACACUCAUGGAUCUAUUUGACCUGCUGAUCAUUGUCCCUGAGUGACCUGCCUUUGGGGAAUACAUGUUACAUACACACUGUGCAGCCAUAGCACGGCAGCAACUGGUGACAGGAUUUGGCACAGUUUCAAACACAGGAUGUGGUGAUGGGGGGGAGCCGUCGCAGCUUCCUUUGAUCCCCUCAACCCCCCUCCACUGGUGGUCGAGGACACCUUGUCUCUGUAGAUGGGCCCUGUAUGGAUUUUGUGCUUGAGUUGACAGAGGGCAGGCCCAUAGAGUCAAACAGCAGUCAGGCUGCCAUGAACCCAUACGGCAGAGCAAGCAGCACAGCAGCCCCCCUGUCCUGCACCAGCUGUGGGGGCUGCUGCUCGCCGCCUCCCCCUCGUCUAAUCCCACCAGGGCCUCCUUCCUCUUCUACCUCCUCCUCCUCCAUGCCCCUGAAUAUGACCCCACCACCGCCGAUGUUUCCAGCUCCGGUGGUGCAAGUAGAGAAUGGCAGCAGCUGGAACUCCUCCAUCAUAUCCUCUUCGGACUCCCCAGACUCUCACCCUGGUCACAGAUGUGGGGGGAAUAACCCCAACCCCUACUGGACAGCGGUGUUCGACUAUGAGGCCACGGCAGAUGAGGAGCUGACCCUACGGCGUGGGGACCUCCUGGAGGUCCUCUCCAAAGACUCCAAAGUGUCUGGGGAUGAGGGUUGGUGGACAGGCAAGAUCCAGGACAAGGUGGGUAUAUUUCCAAGCAACUAUGUCACAAGAGGGGGCUCCGCCAACUACCAGCAGCUGACCUCAGCGGGGCUGGUGGCAGGUGGAGUGGGUGAUUGCCCCUUGGAGAUAGACUUCUCAGAACUGCUCCUGGAGGAGGUGAUUGGAGCGGGUGGGUUUGGGAAAGUGUACAAAGGAGUAUGGCGGGAAGAAGAAGUAGCAGUAAAGGCGGCCAGACAAGACCCUGAUGAGGAUAUUAGUGUCACAGCAGAGAGUGUGCGACAGGAGGCCAGACUUUUCUGGAUGCUUCGGCACCCCAACAUUAUCUCUCUGCGGGGGGUCUGCCUACGGGAGCCCAACCUGUGCUUGGUGAUGGAAUAUGCCAGAGGAGGGGCUCUGAAUCGAGCACUCGCUGGAAAGAAGGUUCCUCCACGGGUUCUGGUGAACUGGGCAGUCCAGAUUGCCACAGGAAUGGAUUACCUACACAACCAGGCUUUUGUACCCAUCAUCCACAGAGACCUCAAGUCCAGCAAUAUUCUCAUCUUGGAGCCAGUGGAGCGGGACGACUUGUGGGGGAAAAUCCUGAAGAUCACAGACUUCGGUUUGGCCAGAGAAUGGCACCAGACGACAAAGAUGAGUGCGGCAGGGACGUACGCCUGGAUGGCCCCGGAGGUCAUCAAGCUCUCCCUCUUCUCCAAGAGCAGCGACGUGUGGAGUUUCGGUGUGUUACUGUGGGAGCUGCUGACAGGCGAGGUUCCCUACAGGGAGAUAGACGCUCUGGCAGUGGCUUAUGGUGUGGCCAUGAACAAGCUGACUCUUCCCAUCCCGUCAACGUGCCCUGAACCUUUUGCUCAGCUGCUGGCAGAGUGCUGGAGCUCAAACCCGCACAGCAGACCUUCCUUCACCAGCAUCCUGAGGAGACUGCUGGCCAUCGAGCAGUCUGCUAUGUUUCAGAUGCCUCUGGAGUCUUUCCACUCGUUGCAGGAGGACUGGAGGCUGGAGAUCCAGCAGAUGUUUGAUGAGUUGCGAGCCAAAGAGAAGGAGCUGAGAUCAUGGGAGGAGGCGUUGGCUCGAGCUGCAGAGGAGCAGAGGGAGCAGGAGGAGCAGCUGAGGAGGCGAGAGCAGGAGCUGGCGGAGAGAGAGAUUGACAUCGUGGAGCGAGAGUUGAACAUCAUCAUCCACCAGGUGUACCAGGAGAAACCCAGCGUGAAGAAGAGGAAGGGCCACUUUAAGAAGAGCCGCCUGAUGAAGCUCGGACGAGACAGCAACUGCAUCAGUCUGCCAUCUGGCUUUGAGCAUAAGAUCACAGUUCAGGCAUCUCCCAGCGUGGACAAGAGGAAGACUCAGGGCAGCGAGAGCACCACCCCUCCUGCCAGCCCGGGUGUCAUACCCCGACUCAGAGCCAUCAGACUGACGCCGAGUGACGGCAGUAAGACGUGGGGUCGCAGCGCCGUGUGUAAGAAAGAAGACUUGACGGCCAACAAGAAGAAGGGACGCACCUGGGGACCAAGCUCCACCCACCAGAAGGAGAGAGUGGGAGGGGAGGAAAAGCUGAAAUCGCUGGGUGAAGGGUGCAAAGUUUGGUCGUCCAGUGCACCAAAUCUGGGAAAGUCCCCUAAACAUGCGCCUAUGACAGCUGGCUUCUCCAGCCUCAAUGAAAUGGAGGAGUACUGUGAGUUUGAGGAGUCCCCAGGGUCCCUGCAGCCCUCAGAGACCAGCAGUAAUGGAGCAGUGGAUGACUCUGGGUCUCUGUGGAGCAGCCUGGGCACAAACACGUUACCUGCUGUGGGUGGAUCCUGUCAGGGGCCCAGCAGCGUGGGGUCAGGGGCAAGCUACCAGGACUCGCUCCGCCGCAGCAGCCAGAGGAAGAAGAGCGACAUGUUUCUGCUUGGUUGUGCCUCUCUACUCGCGUCUGUCGGCCUCGGACAAGACCUGCUGCAGUUCGGAAAACUACAGGUGCUUCAGGAUGAGCAGGAUCUCAAAGAAGAGCAGCGGAAGAAGAAGGAGGGUAUCUUCCAGCGAACAGGGCGGUUCCGUCGCAGCACCUCCCCGCCCAGCAGGAAUCUCUCCCUCUCCCUCUCCAGACAUCACGACUCCACCCUCCCCUGUAUGGACCCGUCCCCUUCUGUCACACUCCUCUCCCUUUCCUCUCUAUCUGACUGUAACUCCACUAAGUCCCUCCUUCCCUCCGACCCGGAGGAGUACUCGCUUACCCCCAUGACGGGGGUCAAAACUCCAGUAGCAACCCCAGCUCCCGCCCUUAACCCGCUCCUGGACCUGCGGGCAGAGAGCUUCAAGAAGGAGCCCAACCAGUCGCUGACGCCCACCCAUGUGUCUGCAACCAUGGCUAUGAACAGGGGUCACAGACGGACCCCUUCAGACGGGGCGAUUCGACCCAGAGCGCAGACUCUUGGACAUCACAGGACGCCGUCAGAUGGGAGCAUGCCAAUGCCUCCUCCCCCUGGAGCACACCUCAAGACUCCAAACAAAGGAACACCAGACAGUCUGGACUUCCCUCGCCUUCCCGACCCCUCCACUAUUUUCCCAAUUCCACAGCGGCGCAAAGCCCCACCUCCACCUAUCCCUGACCCUCGUCCUCUCUGCCUCAUCAGCCCCCUAGAGAGACCUAAGACUCUUGAAUUCGCCCCCCGCCCUCGGCCAACUCCGGCCAAGAUGAGAGCUGACCCCUGGAAGCUGGGCUCUCUCUCCCGGACCCUCAGCUCGUCUCCUGGAAGUAGCUGCGAUAGCCCCCUCGGUUCUGGGGACAGCAGCAGCACCGGCACCGGACGACAAAACCUAAUGGACAUGGACGUGGAGGGCCAGAGCGCGGACCAAACUGUCCCUCUGUGUGGACAGCGGAAGCCUGCCACACUAUGUGGGCAACAGUACUCAUAGUGACAAACAGCAAGGGAACAAUUUCAAAUCUGCUUCUCAUGGAUUCAAACCUGAUUCAGGACAGAGGAGCUUGGGCUGUAAAACAAUUCACUAUUUUCCAGACAUUGUCCUUUGACCUCAUGCUCAGGAGGGGAAGCUUAUAUCCUGUUAAAAUGUUGCACUGUUUUAUUCAGUUUGUAAGACAUAUAGACAAUUAGUAGUCAAAAUCAGAGGUGAAAUAUGGCCAAAAAUGUCCUUUCAAACAACAUAUUUGAUGAAUCUACAGCUACAUUCAACACCAUGCUAACAUUCAAUGUCUAUGCAGAUUACAUUUUUAGCUAGCAUUCCCUCAUCUACUAACACUAAUGAGUUCUAAGCUGAUACAACGUUAUCUAGGGAUUUAAGACUUCUCUCUCAUAGUGUAUAAAGCUACCAAAUGACUAUAUUAGCUCUCAGGCACUUGCUAGCUAAAGGUAGCUAAAGGCGUUUUUCCACAGCAGGAACUUUACCCUGGAACAAGGGACUUUACCCCUGAACUAUGUGCGCUUCAACCGGAGGAACCAGGGUCUAAAUGUAGUUCAGGGGUAGAUAAUCUCUAUUUAACUAGUUUAGUUUUUUAUUAAGAUUUCAAAAUAUUAUUUGAUAUUAUUUAUUUUCUCCAUACGUCACUGGCCUGGUUUGCACAAUCUACCUGGGACUUCAGCCCGCGGUCAAAAUGCAAACAACAAUGGGGGCACAGGAACCUUUUAGUUCCAGGAAAGGAAGUUCUGGGGGCUGAAAGACCCCGGAACUCUUGGUCGAAAUGCACCUUAAGUGGCUUGAUGCUAACAUUAGCUGUUGUGUGACAGCAGCUAAUGGGUUAGCUAAUAUGUUCUUGAGUCUGUCUUGAUAUGGGACAUGAUUUCCCUCUAAAUUAUUAGUAAUAAUUGUAUUUUCAUUUGCUGCUCAGUCAAGUAAGGGAUAAUGUAUAGGAAAUGGGUGGUUAUGCAGCCUGACCACCCUGAGAUGGGAACUAACAUUUUUGGCCACAGUGUCAACAGGCUGAGGUGAAAUGUGUAGAACUCUGUUACUAAUUAGAAUCAAGUAUAACACGGUCAGAUACCCUACAUUCACCAGACUUACAACCUAGACAAAGCUGUACAACAUUACAUUACAGAUAGAGCUUCUCGUCCUGAGUGUGACCCCAAAGGAAAAUGGCCGCCAUGCGAAUUAUGUCAAUGCCUACUGAUGUCUGAGCCUAGCAAAGUGCACUCACUAAAAACAGAACAUCCUACUUUUUGUCACGUUUUUGGCUCUUAACUGAAGCUGUUGCUCUCAUGUGCCCUAUUAGUAAGGUGUGAAACCUUUUAGCUAGCUUCUCCCUGCUAGCACUCUCUAACCUGCACCACACUAAGGCUCCUGGCCCAGCACUUCUUAACCCUCCUAUUAAGCCAUCCUAACCUGCUUCCUAGUGUCCCUAUGACCAGGUUGUAGUUCCUACAAGACCCUCAAAAGCCAUUCAAAGUACUUAAAAAGCCACUUUUUGACUUUGCUAAAUGUUCAUUUCACCUGCUUGUGCUUUUGCUUGACUGCUUUCUGCUUGCACUUAAAAAAAUGUUCAUUCACAUUUCACAUAAAAGUCCGUCAUAACAGGAGUCUUUCCCUGAUUACAAGAGGAGCUGGAUCAUUUGACAUUUGUAAUAGAGAGUGUCUUUGUUAUUUUGCACGCUGUUUCUUCUGCUGGUUCACAAACAUCUCCCACAAACCCUCUGCCUUCAUCCUUACACGUGUCAUGUCUCUGCACAUGGGUCCUCAUCCUUUUUUUCCUUCAAGGCUAAGACAGGAGAAAGCCUUUUAAUGGACUGGUCCUCUUCUCAGCCUUGUUCAGUGAAAAACAAACCCUCAGAGUUUAUUUUCUCACUGCUAGCACCUUUGCCGCAGCGACCUGUUAGCAAAAACCUUUUCUAUUGGCUUGGCAAACCAGGUGUGUUUCUCUCUGUGUGGGUGUGUGUACAUAUUACCGUACGUGUGUGGAAGAACAAAUCUGGGCUCUUUUUUUUUUUUUUAUUUGCGUGCUGGUGCUUUUUCAGUGCAUGUUGUUGUAAGUGUGAAUGCUGUUUCAUUCUAAAAAUAAGAGCACACAUCUCAUCUGUUCGUCAGUUAUUUUUGGGAUGAAAACAUUCCUCUCUAGCAGCCAGUAGCACUCUGUUUGGAUCCGGUUAUGCCACUGAAAUGGACACACAAGAAGGGGACUCUGAGGAGGACUUGGACUGUUUGGUUGCUCUGUAUUCUCCUCUGACCGGUCAAAGUCAGUGGCACUUGUGGAGCCAUGUUGUGAAAGUGAACAGCCUCUCUGUGGACUCUAUUCACGGCUGACAAAUCCACUCUUAUCUGCGGAGUUAUUUUCGCACAGUGGACAGUGGUAUUUACUUGACAGUGCAAAUUUCUCUCGGUGAGUAUGUAUGUGUGUGUAAGAGUCUGAAUAUGUGUGUGUGUUGUUAUUUGUAUGGGAUGAUGACAAUCCCGUUGAUAAAAGAGUGAGCCCAAACUCAUUCUCCUCGUGUGGUUAAGAACACUGAGUAUUUAUUAAAUUUAUUGUUAUUAUUGGAAAGGAUUAAUUAUUAUUAUUAUUACUAUUAUUACUACAAUGCUCUUCCUGGGAUAUCUGUAUAUAUUUGUUAAUAUAACAGGAGAAAAAAAACAAGGAAAAAACCUGAGAAAGCAAAACAUCCAUGUUGUCUCCAGUCUCAACCUGUGACAUUUCUGGGUUCAGUGAGGAAAAAGUGUGAAAUGUGAUGAAUGAGACGAAUAAAAAAACAAAAACAAAGAAAGAUGA